AUGGCUCGGCGGGUCUGCUUUAAAACUCCCAGCAUCAAUAAAAGGAAUCGAAUUGUCUUAAACGUGAGCGGGCAACGUUUUAUGACGGAUAAAACUUCUUUGAUGCGACAUCCAAAUACUUUGCUUGGAAGCCAUAUGCUUUCUUGUUACUUUGACGAGGUUAGACAGGAGUACUUUUUUGAUCGAGAUCCCCACUUGUUUCGGUACAUAUUGAAUUAUUAUCAAAGUGGAAAGCUUCAUACUUCGCCGGAUGAUUGUCCUCUUGCGUUUAAGGACGAGUUAGAUUUCUUUGGGAUUCCACUCUGCGAACUUGAAGAUUGUUGUUGGUUUUCAACGAAUACUGACGAAAAGGAAAAACAUCGAUGCCAUUACGCUAUCAGGAGACCAUCAAGUGUAAAGGCUGUUCGCACUGCCCCAGGUAAUUAUCUAACCUUGAAAAGAAGAAAUUCAGAACCCAAUGAGGUAACAAGCCAGCAGGUUUACAAAGAAGGAAGUUCGAGGAGGUUAACACAUCUUAGCCACCUGCCAUUAACAAGUCGACCUUGGAUGGGGAAACGACGAGAAAGUUCACCAAGAAAGCACAAUCACCUUGUUGAGGGUACCCGGUCGACACAUUCUUAUGAAGGUGUAAACUCCAGGGACGAUUGUAAAAAUACUUGGAAAUGCAAAAUAAAUUGUCAUUGCAGUAUUCUCAGAACACACAAGAUAUUACAGAAAUUAUUAAAUUUUCUCUAUGGAGUGUUCAUAAUUCUCAGCGUUGUCACGACAACGAUAGAAACAAUUGACUGCGAAACAGGCAUCAAGUGCUUAGAGUUGUACCCAGAUUUGUUUUUCGCCGUAGACUCGACCUUCGUUGCCGUUUUUUCAUUGGAGUUUCUCAUACGUUUUGCCUUGUCCAAGAACCGAUGCGCAUUUAUGAAAAAUCUCUUCAACAUAAUAGAUCUUCUGGCAAUAGUACCUUAUUAUGUAUCACUUAUUGCUAAGCAGUUUUUCAACACCGACGAUGUUACCUUACUUAUUACCCUGAGAGUACUACGUGUAAGCCGGGUCAUGAAAUUAACCAGAGGAUCCACACGACUUCAAUCGUUCCUUUACACACUUAAAAACUGCUCAACGGAUCUGCUGUUUUUAUACUUUACGUUUACGUUAGGUAUCCUGCUAUUCGCUAGCGUACUAUAUUACGUGGAAAGAACAGACAAUCCUAAAGGAUUUAAGAGCAUUCCGGACUCUCUUUGGUACACAUGCGUCACUAUGAUGACUACAGGGUAGGUUAAAUGCUCUAAGCCAAACGCCGAACUUUUCAUGGGCCGAACUUUAAAUUUAUUUGAUGACCACUUCGGUGUUUGAAUCGAUGAAGGGCUUUUUCAUUUACAACGGACCAGUUCUUCCAGCUCGACCGACAAGUUCAACUCAGUUGGAUCUGAUGCUGACUUAUUCGGGCGCGAACCUAUUCACAGCCUAUUUAGCACUUUUGCAAUUUUGUUUAUGGCUCAAACUGUAUUAUGCUCAGCUAACCUUACUCAGAAUCUGAUUCAACAGGUGCGCAUUUGUUAAUUUGGUUCGUCCUAAAUUCGCGCACCAAUCAGUGCUCAUGAAAAGUUCUGCGUUUAACAAGACCGAAAUUAGACUAUAAUUAAUACAUCGAAUCUCAAUCUGAUUAUAUUCAGUACAUGGAUCUGAACCCGAGUUCCAAUGUGACCUCCAGGUAACUCCAAGUGGAUCCAUUCUUCCGAUUGAGCUUUUUCUGUUGUUGUCUUUGUUUCUCAGUGGGAAAUGGACUUAAGUUAAUCAGGUUCUUCUGUGGGCCGAUGACUCAUUUGUCUUUAUCUUGAUCUUAACAGAACAUAAGCUACCCUUGCUACCAUUACUUUUUUAAUGUACGUUAAUUUACGUUAAUUAUAUUUUCAUUUACUUAUUUACCGAUUUAGCACGCCACACGGAUCAGCUGACUUGAUUCAAAAUCAUUUCUCCGCAGUUUACCGAUCUAUCCUAAUCUCAUUUCACAACAUUUUGCUGUACUCAUAACUUCGUUUUACUGUUUUAUCUUCAGGUACGGAGAUGUGGUGCCAUUUACAACUUUAGGAAAGAUAAUAGGUGGCCUGUGUUGUGUCUGUGGAGUGGUUAUUAUGUCACUUCCCAUUCCAAUCAUGCAAGAUAAGAAAGUAGAAGUGAUGGGAUAG